ACCACCUCCGCCGCCGCCGCCUGCCCAGCGGCCCGGGAGGCGGAGGCGCGGGGGAGGAGGCCCCGCUCGGCUCCGCAGCCCCGGAUGCUGCAUGACUUCAUCCUUCCGCCGGCUACCCCGCUGAGCUAGGGCCGGUCCGGCAGCCAGCCCGCCGCCCGCGCCCCGCCGCAGUCCCGCGCCCGCCCCGCGCCCGCCCCGCGCCCGCCAUGUCCGAGAUCCUGCCCUACAGUGAGGACAAGAUGGGCCGCUUCGCCGCCGACCCCGAGGGCUCCGACCUCUCGUUCAGCUGCCGCCUGCAGGACACCAACUCCUUCUUCGCGGGCAAUCAAGCCAAGCGACCCCCCAAGCUGGGCCAGAUCGGCCGAGCCAAGAGAGUGGUGAUCGAGGAUGACCGGAUAGACGACGUGCUGAAGGGGAUGGGGGAGAAGCCGCCGUCCGGAGUGUAGACGCGCCGGCUCGGGCGGCGGGCUCCGGGCCCAGCCCCGCAGCGGCCAGGAGCGCGGGCCGGCGAUGCGGCUGCCGGCGCCCCCCGCCCCGGCCCAGGCGCCCGCGGGCGGGGGCUGCAGGGCCGCGCCGACUCCGGGUUGGAGUCGCUGCCGCCGCCGCCCGGCACUCCGGAGCUGUCCGCUUCAGCACCACGGCGGCGGCGGCGGCGGCGGCGGCGCGGACCGGCCCGGAGUCCGCCGCCGCGCUCAUGCACUUUAGAACCUCGGGCCGCAGCCCCACCCCGCACACCGGAACGGACACAGAGACCCGCGGCCCUCGGCCCCCGACCCGCCCCCUCCCGCACGACUCCCCUGCCCCGCCCCUCUCCGGCCGGUCUGGUCCGCAGAGCCGGCUGCCGGCCGGGGUCUAUCCGCGUGCGCGCGCGCGCGCAGCCAGGGAUGUUUGGCUGCGUAUUUGCAUGAGCUUCCCACCUACCUGAGCCCAGCCCUCCAGGCUGCUCUUCUCUCCCACCCCUGUCUGGCGUGACCCCAGCCUUAGCCUCUUUCUAAGGGACUUCCUCAGCACAUUUGUAUUUUUAUAUCCGACUCUUUGUUUACUGGCUCCCCUCAUGGUUCGUGCCCUCCCUCCCCCACAGUCUCGGCCACGCUCCUCUGCGCCUGGCAGAUAGGAUGGGUGUUGAGUCUGAGAUGGAACAAGCCCCCAACAUGGUAACCAACCACAUGGCCAGUUUGCCCAGGCCUGACCCCAGGCGGCUCUCUGGCAGACCCCUCCUCUCAAGGUAUCACCUUCCAAGGGUCCAGGUCUGAUUUUACCUUGGACCCCUGCAUCCUACCCCUGGGAACCCAAGUGAGGACUGCUCUGCACCUUUGGAUGACACCUGUGGCCCUGGAGAUGUUUUCAACCCAGGGGUGUCCUUUGUAAAUGUUCCUCCAUCCUCACUGUACCAGGAGUGUGUGAAUAAACACAGACCUCCCUGUG